CUUCAUGAAAAAAUUAUUGCAAAGUGUCAUACAUUUGGACAUGUGUUUCUUCAAGAUUUUACUUCUCCAGAUAUUUUUAAUUAUUUUCCGGAUUGAUGAACGUAACUCCUGUUCUGCCUGUGGUUGGGCUGAGUAUGAAAUAGAUGGAAGAUGUUGUCCUAUGUGUACACCUGGGUAUCAUGUUAUAGAGCACUGUACAGCAUCCGACAUGACAUUAUGUCGUCCAUGUCCCGAAUCCACCUUCACUGAUAAACCACAUGGACGUCGUAUUUGCAAUCCCUGUACAACCUGUAAUCAUGGUCUGGGUUUAAAGACAGUGAAGGAAUGUAAACCUUUUUCAGACGCAGUGUGUGGAGUUCUGGAAGGGAACUAUUGUACUGAUCCUUAUAAGGGAGGAUGUAGAGCAGCACAGAAACACACAACCUGCAAACCUGGACACUUCAUCAAACACCCUGGAACAGAAUAUAAUGACACCGUGUGUGAGAACUGCACUGAAAACUCUUACUCAAACGGAUCGUCUACAUUCUGUACACCACACACACGCUGUGAAUCCAAAGGACUUUCCACAGUCAAGCCAGGAGACAGCAUGUCUGACUCUGAAUGUGGGGAGAAUAGGGGUCAUAUGAUAGCUGGGAUUGUAGUAGGAAUAAUUUUAGUGUUUUUACUGGUUGGAGGAGUUGUAAGACUGUACAAAUCAGGGUUCUGUUCAAAGAAGACAACUCCAGUAAACCAGGGCCUGUAAAGAAGGAUCAGGGAAACCCACUGCAACAAUCAGAAGAAAAUGGAAUCGAUCAGAAACGAGAAUGCUUACUGCAGCAAUGAGAAGAAAAUGGAAUCAAUCAGAAACAAAUUCCUGCUCAGAUCUUAGGCAGUGGGAAGAUACAGCAUGAAAUGACUCGACUCGGCUUGUUGAACAGAGAUCAGACAGAAGACCUUUUGGAAGACGCAUCAAGUAUAAGGGAAAUUUAGUGUCACCAAUUCACCUGAAACACAUCUUUGGACUGUGGGAGGA